ACCUCAUCGCUACCCAUCCUCUCUCUUUUUUUUUUCUUCCUUGUUCCUUUUUGCCCUUUACGAUAGGGUUCCUCCUCUUCUCUCAUCUCUUCCUUCAACACAAUCAAAUCUGAUUCGUUCCUUCUCUUCUUCUGAUCCCUCGUUUUUUUUUUGCUAUCUCCCACGGGUUUUCGCUUGUUGAAUCAAGCGCUUUCGUUUUUUCCUGGGAAGUUGGAGCUCAAAUCAUGUCUCAGAUCUACAGCUUCGCUGGUGAAAAUGAUUGUUACCGUCGUGGCUCAAUUUACUCAAAUCCAAAGGAAGCUAACCUUUUCCCGUCUCUUGUCGAUUGCUAUUACCCUCCUUGCAAGAGAUCUCGCGUCUUUGCUGCUCCUUCUUCUCUCUUCAGCGCUUUCGAGGAGAAAAAGCCAGUCUCUAUCGAUGUCCUUCCCGACGAGUGCCUCUUCGAGAUCUUCAGACGUUUACCUGGACCGCAGGAGAGAACCGCUUGCGCUUUCGUCUCCAAACAGUGGCUUACUCUCGUAACCAGCAUUAGACAAAGCGAGCUUGAUGUUGUUGUUGUUGCCGAAGAUGACUGUGAAGGGUGCUUAUCUAGGAGCUUAGAUGGGAAGAAGGCGACCGAUGUUAGACUAGCUGCUAUCGCUGUCGGAACAGCUGGCCGUGGUGGACUCGGGAAACUCUCGGUUCGUGGAAGCGAUAAGGUUUCGGAUCUUGGUCUUAGAGCGAUUGGUCGGAGCUGCUCUUCUCUCGCGUCUCUUUCCCUGUGCAGCCUUUCCAACGUUACCGACGUUGGUCUCUUGGAGAUCGCUGAGGGUUGCCCUCGGCUUGAGAAGCUUGACCUGAGCCGUUGCCCUGCAAUCACUGAUAAGGGUUUGGCGGCGAUUGCUAAGAGCUGUUGUGAUUUGAGUGAGCUUACUUUGGAGGGUUGUUCGAGUAUCGGAGAUGAAGGUUUGGCAGCGAUUGCUAAGAGCUGCUCCAAGCUUAAGUCGGUGUCUAUCAAGAACUGUCCUCUGGUCAGGGAUCAAGGAGUCGCCGCGUUACUGUCUAACACCACGUGUUCCCUGAUGAAACUUAAGCUUCAGAUGGUUAAUGUCACUGACGUGUCUCUUGCGGUCGUGGGUCAUUACGGCUUGUCGGUCACGGAACUUGUGCUUGCGGGUUUGUCGCACGUGACGGAGAAAGGGUUCUGGGUGAUGGGAAAUGGUGUCGGGCUUCAAAAGUUGAACUCUUUAACCAUCACAGCAUGCCAGGGAGUGACUGACACAGGGCUUGAAUCUGUUGGGAAGGGAUGCCCAAACAUGAAGAAGGCGUUGAUCAGUAAAUCCCCGUUGUUGUCUGACAACGGUUUGGUCUCUUUUGCGAAAGGUGCUUUGUCGUUGGAGAGUGUUCAGCUUGAAGAGUGCCACAGGGUCACCCAGUUUGGGUUUUUUGGUUCUCUUUUGAACUGUGGUGCAAAGCUGAAGGCUUUCUCUAUGGUGAACUGUUUGGGGAUCAGAGAUCUCACCACUGGAUUACCUUCUUCGGCGGCUAAUUGCAGUGGUCUACGCUCUCUGUCUGUUCGUAACUGCCCCGGGUUUGGAGAUGCGAACCUUGCCGCCCUUGGGAAGCUAUGCCCUCAGCUGGAAGAUAUCGAGAUGUGUGGGCUCAAGGGGGUGACAGAGUCUGGUUUUCUACAUCUGCUCGACAACUCUCUUGUGAAGGUGAACUUCAGUGGCUGUUCCGGUUUGACAGACAGAGUUGUCUCCGCCAUCUCUGCUCGUAACGGCUUGACUCUCGAAGUCUUGAACAUGGAUGGAUGUAGCAAGAUCUCUGACGCCAGCCUAGUCUCCAUUGCAGCGAACUGCCAGAUUCUAAGUGAUUUGGAUCUUUCGAAAUGCUCGGUCUCAGAUUCCGGAGUUCAAGCAUUGGCUUCCUCUGAAAAACUCAAACUGCAGAUCCUAUCCAUGGCGGGUUGCUUUAUGGUCACUGACAAGAGCUUACCAGCCAUCGUUAAGCUGGGUUCGACUCUACUGGGAUUAAAUCUCCAACAGUGUCGAUCCAUUUCCACUUCCACUGUCGACUUCUUAGUCGAGAGGCUUUACAAAUGCGACAUCCUCUCCUGAUCCACCAAUUCCACGUUCAACUUUAUCCACCCUAUAAUAAUAGUACUGUUCCAAGUUAAGUGUCAGCUUCCUUUUCAGGUGUGUCUCUCUCGCUAGGCUCAGGUUUUACCCGGUUUUUCCAAGUGAUUCGGCUUCCGGUUUCUUUUUCCAGUCAAUGUUGUUUUUGCAGAGGUUCCCUUUGAUAAGGCUAACUCUAGCUUACCAUGAAACCGGAAAUGUCGUGUGGUUGCUUGAGAAUAUACUUACCCGGGUAUUACCUGAGAUUUUAGGGUUUAUCAUCUCCUGUUUGGUUUGUUUUAUGCGUUGCUUUGUCUUGUUGAAGUUUGGUUUUCCUCGAAAGGGUCUUUGUGUGAUGUGUACGUGUUCAAGAUUCUUGUUCAGGUUGCCAUGGGUUCUUUCUUAGAGGUUUGCUCUGGCUUUUGUUGCAACAAACUCACUCUAUUAUAGAGUUUUUUAUUUGUUGUCUUUUUUUUUUGCCAGAGCCCUCGUGUUUUUUUUCCCCAGGCACUGUAUUACGAUCUGUGUGAACACUGUACUAAGUUACGAUAUGCCCUUUGGGAUGGUUUAAUGAAGUAUUGAAUAAAAUUAUCAUUUCGUUGUA